AUAGUCAUUUUGGAGGGAGGGAGGGAGUAACUUGUUUGCUCUGGCAGUGUAAUCUCUACUACCGGCAACCAAACUGUGUCUCUGUUUAUUUAUCUUGUCAGCACUGUUAAACUUCAAAUAAUGGCUCUCUAUCCAUUACCUUCCACCACAAUACUCAACAAACUCACUUCUUCUCUCCCUUUCACUUGCCGUUUUUUCCCCAAACCUCACUCUUUUUCCAUUACAACAACCUGUUAUUAUUCAACAUUACACCAACACCUUUCUUAUGGCCCUUCACUCUACAAAGGCCACAAAAAUUCUUCGCAAAAUCUACACCCAACCCCCGAUACCUUCAAUGAAGAAAACUUCACUAGAGUCUUCCAUAUCACCGCCUUACGUGUCCCUUCAGAACACUGUUUCUCCUUAGAAAGCAAAUUACGUGGCCAUUUGUUAAAUUGGCCACGUAUUCGUAACAUUUCUAGGGUUCCUGGUGACGAUAUUGAUGACGAAUUAAAAGAAUUAAUUGGAAAUGAUAAUAGUAAUAAUGAUGAAACCCUAGAACGAAGAAUUUACGGAAAAGCUGAAUUAGAUGGGGAGAAAAUGUGUGGAGUGUUGUAUAGAGAUAAGGUUGUGAAGAGUUUUAAUUCGAUGGGGUAUGUGAAGUUUGAGAAUUUGGCUAAGAUAUCGCGACCGAAAAAGAAGAAGAAAUGGAAAAGAGAGGAAAAAGAUGGAAAAAGAGGGUAUGGGAGAAGUGAUGUGUCGAAUGUGGAGGUGGUUGAUGAGGGGAAUGAUGAUGACGACGACGAUUUUAGUGGGUUAUUAGGAGAUGAUUUUAGGAGGAGAAGAGGGAAAUGGAGGGGGUCGACGAGGUUGUUGUUAUUGGAUGAGAGGUACGCGAACAAAGGGAUAGAGGAAAUGCCCCAGGCAAUUAAGGCAGUCCUCAAAGAACACAAUGAGGAAAGUACAAGGUUAAGUUUUGAAAUUGUGAGAUGCAAGUUGACAUUAUUUUACAAUUAUUGGCAAAUGAAUGAGGUCUUAGAGGUCUUGCUUCCACAAGGUAUGAUUGUUCCUUCAGCUUUUGAGACAGUUGGGCAUAUUGCCCAUCUAAACUUGAGAGAUGAACAUCUCCCCUACAAGAAACUUAUUGCACAGGUAGUUCUGGACAAGAACAAGCCGAAGAUACAAACAGUUGUCAAUAAAAUUGAUGUCAUCCACAAUGACUACAGAACAAUGCAGCUUGAAGUUUUGGCAGGAAACCAUUCUCUUGUUACUACUGUAGUUGAAAAUGGACUCUAUUUUAAUGUUGAUUUAGCAGCAGUAUAUUGGAGUUCUAGGCUGGCAACUGAAAGACAGAGGCUUCUUAGUUGCUUCACCCACAAUGAUGUUGUCUGUGAUGUUUUUGCUGGGGUUGGUCCCAUUGCAAUAUCUGCUGCGAAGAAGGUCAAAUAUGUGUACGCUAAUGAUUUAAACCCUAUUGCUGUUGAAUAUCUGGAAAGAAACUCUGUCCGUAACAAACUUGAGAGGAGGAUUGAGAUUUUUAACAUGGAUGGGAGGAGGUUCAUUGACAGUAUUUUUGCCAGUGAAAAAACUAGGCCAAUUACUCAAGUAGUCAUGAAUUUGCCAAACGAUGCUGCAGAUUUUCUUGAUUCAUUUAGAGGAAUUUUCAGAAAUAAGCACACGGAUAAGCAAUUUACCUUGCCAAGGAUCCAUGUCUAUGGGUUUUCGAAAGCUGAGGAUCCUGAAUUCGACUUUCAUGAGAAAAUCAGGAUUGCACUGUCUGAGGUGGCUUUUGAGGUACAGAUGCACAAGGUUCGCCUUGUUGCACCAGGAAAAUGGAUGCUGUGUGCAUCAUUUGUUCUACCUGAGACAGUGGCAUUUGCUAAAUAAACUCUACGUGGACCAUUUCGAAAUGGUUAUAAAGGUGAAGAAGAAAGCUCUAGACAUCCACAUUUCGUGAACGCAGGUUGUAGUACUCUAUGAUCUAAUUUUGGUUCCCUAAAUAUGUGGAACUUUGAGCUUUAUUUAAACGUGUUGCAGUUAUGGAUGCACCAUGUCUUGUAGAGAAUGUAUAUACAACUGCAGCGUGUCGAAAUUGUAGCUCUACUGUGGACCAUAGCAGUAGUCAUCUCACUUGGUUAUGAAAAACUCAUUUUGAACGGCACACUUCUAGACUCCGAAAGUAUACCAGUACUUGGAAUAAAAACACUGCAAUAGCAUCCAGUUCUGGAGAUGACCUUCUAGACGUAUCUUACUUUCGUGGCUGAAUUUCUUUUAUUUUCUGUUUCUGUUACAGAAGUCCACGUUAGCAGCGUCUCUGUUCCUUUCUUAAGCAUGAAAGUGUUGUGCCUUCCAUGAAGUCAGUGUAAGGGGCGUGCAAAUGCUUUAUGUGGUGUCUGUCUUUAUCUAUUCAUAACAUUUGUUUGUUUGAAGCCUUAUCCAUUACCUGCAAAUUCUUUUGCAGUUGCCUAUAUAUUUUAUUAUAAUGGA